CCCAGCACACGUCGACAGCGAACACGAUGGCCACCACGGUCCCUUGCCAGUACAAGACCGGCCGCACGCUCGGACAGGGCACGUACGCCGUCGUCAAGGAGUGCGUCCACAUCAAGACGGGCAAGUACUAUGCGUGCAAGGUCAUCAACAAGCGCCUCAUGGCCGGCCGCGAGCACAUGAUCCGCAACGAGAUCAGCGUCCUCAAGGCCAUCUCGCAGGGCCACAAGAACAUCGUCACGCUCUGGGACUACUUCGAGACGCAGAACAACCUCUACCUCGUCACCGACCUGUGCCAGGGCGGCGAGCUGUUUGACCGCAUCUGCGCCAAGUCGUACUUCCUCGAGGAGGACGCGGCCAAGCUCGUGCGGACCGUCAUGGGCGCCGUCGACUACCUGCACUCGCACGGCAUCGUCCACCGCGACAUCAAGCCUGAGAACCUCCUGUACCGCUCCAAGGACGAGGAGUCGGACCUGCUCCUCGCAGACUUUGGCCUGUCCAAGGUCAUGGACGAUCAGCAGUUCUCGGCCCUGACGACAACGUGCGGCACUCCCGGCUACAUGGCGCCCGAGAUCUUCAAGAAGCUCGGUCACGGCAAGCCGGUCGACAUCUGGGCCAUGGGCGUCGUCACCUACUUCCUCCUGUGCGGCUACACGCCUUUCGACCGCGACAACCAGGUGGACGAGAUCCAGGCCAUCUGCAACGCCGACUUUGCGUUCGAGCCCGAGGAGUACUGGGUCGGCGUCAGCGACACGGCCCGCGACUUUAUCCGACGCUGCCUCGUCAUCGACCAGACGCAGCGCCUCACUGCGGCGCAGGCGCUCGCGCACCCGUGGCUCGCCCAGGGCGCCCCGUCGACCAACCAGCCGCAGCGGCCCGACCUGUUGCCGUCGCUGCGCAAGAACUUCAACGCCAAGGGCACGUGGCGGCGCGCCAUCAUGGGCGUGCGCGCCGCGAGCGCGCUCAAGCUCGGUGGCGAGCACCGCCGCGCGACACUCAUGGCCGGUGCGGGCGUCGGCGAGGAGGAGCAGGCGAGGGUGAGGGAGGAGGCGGAGCGGGCCAAGCGGGACGCCGAGGAGGAGGCGGCACACGUCGACGAGUCGGCGUCCGUCUACACCUACAACUGAGCGGCGUCGUCCUCCCCUUUCCUUUUCCUUUCCCUCCCUGCCUUUCUCUCCCUCUCUCUCGCGCUCGACCGUGCGCAUACUGCCACGCUGUACCACUAUACCGCCUCACGCAAUGUCCUUGUCCUCGUUC